UCCUCAUUGGUUGAAUACUAUAAGCAAAACAAAAAGAAUUUUGUGUGGAAAAAUAUAAUUUUAUUGCUCGGUUUUCAUCCGGUUGCUGUGUUCGGUUUGUUCGUGAUACUGAGAGGUUCCGCGAAAUUUCAUACUGUGAUUUUUAAUUAUGUUGUCGGUGUUUUGGCUUUUUCCAGUUUAACCAUAGGAGCCCAUCGCCUUUGGUCUCAUCGUUCAUUUAAAGCUCGCUGGCCACUGAGACUGAUGUUAGUGGUUUUUAACUUUUUUCUAUAUGAGAAUCCAAUUAUCCAUUGGGCUCGCGAUCACCGGACACAUCACAAAUUCACCGAGACGGACGCCGAUCCUCAUGACCCCAGACGAGGACUUUUCUUUGCCCACAUGGGAUGGGCGAUGCUCAAAAAGAAACGUGAAGUACUCGAAAAGGGCAGGGGUAUAGACCAAUCAGAUUUACAUGCCGAUCCGAUACUCAAAUGGCAAGAGAGAUACUACAUGUGGUUCAUGCCUCUGGGAACCUUUAUUCUUCCAACCGUUGUGCCUAUGUACUUUUGGAAUGAAACCUUGACUAAUGCUUAUUGUGUCAACAUUCUACGAUAUUUGGUGUGUCUUCAUAUGCAUGGUUUAGUUAAUUCGGUGGCGCAUACUUAUGGGGACCGACCUUAUGACAAGUUCAUCGGGCCUGCAGACGGCUUCAGCGUUUCGGCGCUUACACUUGGCGAAGGCCUGCACAAUUUCCACCACACGUUCCCUUGGGACUACCGAAGUGCCGAACUCGGAGUGUUCUGCUUCAAUUUCACUAAAAGCUGUAUAGACUUUUUUGCUAUGAUCGGAUGGGCCUACGAUUUGAAAGCCACCACACAGGAUAUGAUUAGGGCAAGGGCGGCACGUACCGGUGACGGGUCUUCCAAGCAUGUUUGGGGCUGGGGCGAUAGAGAUCAAACAGCUGAAGAUCAUAAAGGAACCGUCAUUAUUAAUUAGGAGUAUUUAUUUUUGUCUAAAACCUGAUGCUUUCUUGAUAAGUGAUAAGCUUGUAACUGUGAUAUUAUUAUUAUAAAUGCAUUUAUAACCUUUAUAAAUAAAUACUAUGCCUAACAAAACGUAAACAAAGAAUCUCCGCAUAUUUUUGCUUUUCAAGUCCUAAAAAGUACGUUUUAUUUGCUGAAACUAGUGAGAGAAGAUUCCUUAACAAUCAUAGAGGUGAGUCACUCAGAAAUUUUCCCGAUUGUUAUUUUUUGACUCAAAAAAGGGAAAUAAACCCUGAAAUUAUUUCUGAAAAUUGACCUUUGGACUCUACCUGACUUUGCCGCAUUCGAAAAAUCCGAACGAUG